AACAGUUGCCCUUAGCAACCAAUCAGAGCAAACUGAGCAACAAGCUGGUGGAGACAACAAGAUGAAGACAAAGAUCUACCCUACACUUAUUGUCAUAAUUCUAUUUGCUCAGACGGUUCACAAGGCAGAUGGAGACUGUUCCUACGAUAGAGACCUCAAACAAUGCUCCUGUUACCUCCUUGACUUGACCAACAUCAUGUCCAUUAUUCCAUGUAUCCAGGCUACAAGCUUUGAAUUCAAUGGAGGGACAUUCGUCAAACCGGAAGAUUUUGGUCACCUGGACAUAAAUUAUAUUAUGUCCAUGAUACAUAUUAACUUAACCAGGAUCAGUUUUGUCGAUGCGGUGAUGUCUCAGGACUUCUUGGCUACAUUUAUAAAUGCAAUAUUCCAGGUUCCUGUUGAUCUCUUAUCUUUUAAAAACACAAACUUUGUUGAACAACGUGUUGGAUUUAAUCUAAGGGGAUCACCUCCUCCAAUAUUAUCUCUACAGUUCAUCAAUGUCUCUUCAAACCCAUUAAUCCAGAGAGAUUCUGCCUUUGAUCGGUUUGGCAACUGGAUGUCCAUUCUGAGGAACCUAACCGUGAAGGAGUCAAAAUUAAGAGGUGUUUCUUGUGACGUCAGUCUAGUCUUUCGAUCCUUGUCGACUUUAGAUCUAUCAGAAAAUCUUCUGUCGGAUCAUAACAUCUCCUCAAUUUUUUGUAAUGGUGCUUUUCCUAACCUUCAAAACUUAAAACUAAGCAGCAACAAUUUUAGUAAUUAUGAGACUUUAUGCCAAGUAUUAAGUAGGUAUACCCAACUUAGACACUUAGAUUUAAGUCUCAAUGACUUCUCUUUGAUAUCAAAUUCUUUAUGUCAAUGGCAGCCAUCUUUAAGUCAUCUAAAUCUAUCUAAUACUGGUUUAGAACAUGUGGGCUUCAGUCUACCACCAAAUUGUGAAGUAUUAGAUCUCAGCCACAACAGGAUUGAAUUCCUAAAUAUUUCUUUGCCAAGCCUUACAGCGUUUUAUUUAUCCUACAAUCGGCUUUCUACUCUUUCCUCCAUAGGUCAUAUCCCUAUUUUACAAAUUCUAUCUGUAGAUGGGAAUCCAAUAAAGAUGUUACAAGUCAGUCAGAUACAAACCUUUAAGCAUCUGAGAAGCUUUAAAGGUGAUAACAUCCCAUACACGUGUUCAUGCUCUGUUAUAAAAGAAAUGAAAGAAAUGGCUAAGUCUGGUCUGACAGUUCAGAGGUGGCCGGAGGGAUACACAUGUGACUCCCCUGAAUCCUUUAGGGGUAAGAUGAUUGAUGAAGUGAACCAGUCAUUGUUUGAGUGCCACACUCAGCUCUUAACUGCUGUCAUAUGUGUUGCAUUAUUUUUAUUGUGUGUGUCCAUAAUAAUUUGCUUUGUUAAAAUUUGCCAGAGUAACAAGACAAGAUCUCAGUGCAUGGAGGCUGGAAACUCGCAUAGUAUGUAAAGGGAAAUUAAUGGGUUAGGAUGUUUUUA